AUGGCAGCGCCCAGCGAAGUGUGGAGUAGGGGACGGAAGGUCAUGGACUCUUCCAUAGCGCGGGUGGAUCAACAACGGGCGGAUCGGAGCGCAGCGCCAAAACACUCAGUGCUACAGUGUGCUGCGGUGCGGCGCUUUGUAUUCCAGGUGGCCUCUCUUGUCGUACAACGAUUUAUGAUCAUGAGCUGUGGCGAUCGCGCCCACAACGACAACGCAUUGCAGUAGAGAGGAGCAACGUGUGCUAUCGUUGGGUGAGUGUAUUGUGUCGAUUUUCUCCCGGGUUGAGUCGCCCAAAAGGAGGAGGUUUGAUUGGUGGCUUGAGACGCUCAACGCAGCAAACUGCGAGAGUAGAAGUCGUCGCGGUUGUACACUAUUUUUUCUGCAGCGACCGUCGAGAGAAAAACUCGCGCUCUUUCAACCGCCAGAGAAUGAAAUGCUGAACGGUUUGCUUGUGAGAGAUAUUUGGAACGGGACGUAGAGUGCGUCA